AUGAGUGCUGAAUUUGAACUAGAAAAACAAAGCUUCUGUGAUCUUAAAGCUUUGAACAACACAGAACAUCACGUGGCUUUCAAGGUCAAAACCACUUCACCUAAGAAGUACUUUGUAAGACCCAACACUGGUGUGUUACAGCCUUGGGAUUCUUGUGUUAUCAGAGGUGCCCUCCAAGCUCAACGUGAAGCUCCUUUACAUAUGCAAUGCAAAGACAAAUUUCUCUUGCAGAGUGCAAUUGUGCUUCCAAAUACUGAUGUUGAUGAGCUUCCUCCAGAUACAUUUAAUAAGGACAGUGGAGAGACAAUAGAGGAGUGCAAGCUUAGAGUUGUAUAUAUUCCUCCUACUACAGCUCAAGGGAACUUAGAAGAUAAAGCUUUAGAGAACUCCACACAGAGUUCUGAUGCAAACUUGACUUUACAACGCCUGAAGGAAGAAAGAGAUGCUGCACUUCGACAAACACAACAACUACAACAGGAUUUGGACAUGGUGAAGAGAAGACCGAAAAAUAAUUUGGGCUUCUCUUUGAUGUUUGCUGGUUUUGUUGGACUGAUUGGAUUCAUGGUGGGAUUCUUCUUGAACCAUUUAUUGUCUUCACCGCCCACCACAGAAUGAGUUGACUCAAGUAAUGACCGCAGGAGCGAGUGUUGUCUAUUUCAUUUGUAUAAUUUUUCUUGUUAUGUUGGGUGGAAAGUUAGCCUGCUUCCUUCUUUUUGUAUAUUGGAUCUUUGUCAAAUUCUGCCUUGAUCCGUUUGUUUUCUUAUUUGUUUUAUUCAAUUUUUAUGUUACUCUUAGCUCG